AGAUUUCGUUGAAAUUUCAUUCAACUCUGUCAGUUCGAUUUGGUCAUCAAGAUGUACGCAUUUGGCUUGACUGUCGCAAUUCUUUGCGUUCUUCCCAGCACUAUCUGGUGUGACUCAGAUCAAAGUUCCUGGUGCGAUGUGGAAGCGGGAAACCCGGAGUAUCCUCAAGCACCUGCAGAAUGUUGCACGACUUCUUACCAUUGCAAUAUCACCAUUGAGCCGAAAAGCUCAAAGUUUGGUGUAACUAACAACGGCGACUGGAGGUUACAGUCGUGUAUUUGUAACUAUCACUUUGGCAAUUGUUUAUUGAAUACAUUGCCUCGUCCGGACGCCUUCAAAAGCUCCUUCGCUGCUCGUCGUCGUUCCUGUUUGGAGCCACGGAAUUGUCCGAAUGGAGUGCAAUGCGAGACCCAGUACAACGUCGUGAAUUUUGGAGAUUGGUUGUCAGCACAGAAUUGAAUCCUUUAUAAAAAAAAAAACAAUUUCUCCAAUGCUAUAGUCCCAGUGGAAAUUUUCUAGUGUCCACAAAAUUG